UUUUCACCGAAUUUCCGUGCCCGGCUCCUCCUGGGGCGGGGUCUGCGGUGGGCGUGGCCAACCCUGGCCAAUCAGAGCGCAGCGCCGGUGACGUGUUUAAAAACCCGCGCGGAAUAUGCAAAUCUCUGCAGGGGGCGGGGCGCAUGCAAAGUGGGGUCUCAAGCGGCCAAUUAAAUUGCCGGAUGGAUGGCGGGGUUAUGCAAAUUUACCCCGCAAGGUGGGGACUCGACCCCACUUUCCUCACGGACCGUGGGAACCUUUUUGGCGCCCGGAACUUAUUUCCCGAGCUCGCGUCACUGUUUCUGCCCGGAGUUAUUGGGGUUGUGACAUCACUUCCGCCGCGACGCCGUCUCCGGAGCGACCAUGGCGCUGAACGGGGGCGCGGACGAGGCGGAGGCGCGGCGGGAGCGGCAGGACCGGGCGAGCCGGGCCAUGGGGGGGCUGCUGCUGCGGGGCUACCGAAUGCUGGGGAGCGCCUGCCCCCGCUGCGGGACGAUUCUGCUGCAGGACAAGGAGCAGCGGCUGCUCUGUGUGACCUGCCAGGACCCGGAGGGGCCCGGGGGGGGGCACGCCGCGGGCCCCUCCCCCCGCCCCCCGGCCCGAGCACUGCGAGGGGGCGGCCGCGGCUUUUCGGGGCGCUGCCCCCGGACCCCCCGGACCCCCCGGACCCCCCGAAUCCCCCGGGGGGGGCGCGGUGGGGGCGGCGCGGCGGCGCUGCUGCAGAAGCUGCUCUGGGCCGCGCAGGAGCUGCCCCGGACGGCGUCGCUCGAGGCCAGCGCGCAGCUCUGCGGGCUCGUGCGGGCCUGCGCCGACGCCCUGGGGGGGCUGCAGGCCCUGGACCCCCCCCCCGGCACGGCCCAGCCCCCCCCGAAACCCUGA